GAUGCGAUGACAGAUUAUACGCCCCUGAUUCGAUUACACAUUGAAAAAGGAAGAGGGGCAUAGCUGCUGGAUUUCCCCACUUUCCUCACGAAACAGAACCUGAUUCUUACCAAUUAGCCAUUAAAAUUUUCUACCCAGAGUUUCUUGAGAAGACAAAGCCAAUCUCACGUGUCUUCAAUCUUCAUCCUCAAAUUUGCAGUUUUGCACCAUUUUCUCCAUUAUAGUAAUAACGUAAUAACGUAAUAUUAUAUCUUUUGUUCUUUCUCAGCUUACAAUGUUUACCGGUCACUGUCGCCCAGUGCAUCCUCGGUGGUUCGUUUCUGCCGGGAUCAAUUGUUUUUGGCAUACAACAGCUGGACAAAGUACUCCUGCUAGUGACGCUACUACUAGCUAGUCCAAUUUCAUCAAGUCUCUCUCGAUCACAGGCUGGGUGCUUCUGAUCCGUCUCCGAUUUGAUCCCUAGAGACCUCUCCAACGUCCUCGUCGAGCUCGUAAAGAUUCGAAUCAAAGUUUAAUUGCAGGAUGGAGGAGAUCACUAACGUGAUGGAGUUUGAAGAAAUCGCGAGGCAGAAAUUGCCCAAGAUGGUUUAUGACUACUACGCCUCUGGGGCAGAGGACCAGUGGACUCUCAAGGAAAACCGCAAUGCCUUCUCUCGAAUUCUGUUUCGGCCGCGGAUUCUUGUUGAUGUGAGCAACAUUGACUUGACCACAACUGUAAUGGGCUUCAAGAUUUCGAUGCCGAUCAUGAUUGCUCCAACCGCUAUGCUGAAAAUGGCCCACCCUGAUGGGGAGUAUGCUACAGCAAGAGCAGCUUCAGCAGCUGGCACGAUUAUGACAUUGUCAUCAUUGGCUACAUCAAGUAUUGAAGAGGUUGCUUCAACAGGUCCUGGCAUUCGCUUCUUCCAACUCUAUGUGUACAAGGACAGGAACGUAGCCGCUCAGUUGGUUAGGAGAGCUGAAAGAGCCGGUUUCAAGGCGAUUGUACUUACGGUUGACACCCCAAGACUUGGUCGGAGAGAAGCUGAUAUCAAGAACAGGUUUGCUUUGCCACCCAGUUUGACACUGAAGAACUUUGAGGGCUUGGACUUGGGCAAAAUGACAGUAGACAAGACCAGUGACUCAGGUUUGGCCUCCUAUUUUGUUGGCCAAGUCGAUCCGACGCUGAGUUGGAAGGAUGUGAAGUGGCUUCAAACCAUCACCUUAUUGCCAAUUUUAGUGAAGGGGGUGCUGACAGCUGAAGAUGGUAAGCAUACAUAACCCCAAACCAACUUCCUCCUUCCCAGAUUUUGUCCUGCCUCUGGUGGCAUUAUGAUUUCCAGGGGUUUUGUUGAAUGAAACGCAGCGAAGCUAGCAGUACAGAAUGGGGUGGCAGGGAUCAUUGUGUCCAAUCAUGGAGCCCGCCAGCUUGAUUAUGUUCCAGCCACCAUCACAGCUCUGGAGGAGGUUGUGAAAGCUGCAGAGGGCAGAGUUCCUGUGUUCCUAGACGGUGGAGUUCGCCGUGGGACAGAUGUGUUCAAGGCACUGGCGAUGGGAGCAUCUGGUGUAUUUAUUGGAAGGCCAGUGGUGUUCUCAUUGGCGGCAGAUGGAGAAGCUGGAGUGAGGAAAGUUCUGCAGAUGCUUAGGGACGAGCUUGAACUGACGAUGGCACUAAGCGGGUGUACAUCGAUCGAGGAGAUUACUCGCAAUCACAUCAUUACUGACUGGGAUCCUCCUCGGUCGCUCCCUAGCAGCAGGUUAUGAAUUGGAUUGGAACCAUUUGGCAUUGUAUUGUUAGCUUGUAAUGUUGAGAAUAAGAACCUCCCCAUUUGUUGGAAAAAGGUUGUAUCCAUCCAUUGUUAUGUAAAGUAAUGUAAACAUGAAGACUGAAGAUCGUUUAAAUUGACGACGAACGCAGUACGUAAGAAGGAUUGUCUACUUUGCUUCGUCCGAUCUAAUCAUAUCUGAGUAAUCUGGUUAGCAUGUUGAAA